AUGAAAUGGCAAAUAUUAUUUACUAAAUUUGUAACGGAACUUGUAAUUGAACUUGCAAUUGGAAAACAAUCACAAAUAUCUUCAGAUACAGUACCACCACAAACAUUCGAUAAAUCGUCAAUAUUUUUAAUUGUAGGUGGUGCUAUAAUUGUACUUGGUGGUAUAUUUUAUUUCGUAAGAUUAAUGCGUAAAGAAAAACACAAAAAGUCAAAAAAAGGAAACAGCGGCGGUAAUAAUGAUAUAGGCAAUGUCAAUAAUAAUAACAAGCGUAAUUCUUUUAUUCAAACUUACGGAUCAAAUCUAUUAAAUACUUGGGCAUCUUUACAACAGGAGGAGAAAGUUAAAAAAAUUACUGCUGCAGAUCAUUUAGAAGCAACCAAAAGGUUUUUUUCACAAUUAUUUCAACUUAACAACGAUAAUAGGAAGAAAGAGGAAGGAAAUGAAAAUUUGGACUUAUUAGAAUUAAGUGAUUUAGAAUCACAAAAGAUUCAAAGAAAAAUUCAUCAUCAUUCUUUUAAUAGCAAUCCUAAUAAUAAUAAGCCUAUAAACAACACUUUAAAUAAUGUCGUAAUAAAAUCACCCUCACCAGUACACCAUCCUUUUCCUUCUCCUCCUCCUCUUAGUUCUUCAUCGUCGCUCUCAUCUAUAUCUGAUUCACCCAAAUUUGGUAAUUAUAAAUAUAGCAAUAGAAGCAGUAACGAUAGUAAUUCCAAAACUCAAAAAAUUCCAUAUUCUUCAAGAAAAGUAGUAAAAUCUUAUUCUUCUAUUAAUAAUCAUCUUCAUUCAAAUCCAAAUAUUAAUGGUGAUGAUGAUGAUAUUUAUCAUUAUUCGCAAAAGUAG